AUGGCGCCAAACCGAGUGAUCCCGGCAGCGUCAAAACUCCUGAAAGCUAUCAAGCCACUCAACUCCGCCUCCACCACUACAGUCUCUGCCAUAUCCCCGCCAAUCGGCUUUCCCGAAAAAACACCACAAGCCAUCACCACCACGGACACCACCGCCACUAGCCUUUCCAAUUUCGAUGACGCAGAUAAGCUGUUUGCGUCCGUCUCCACAUCACAUCUGUUGAGGACGGCACUGAACCUUCACAUGGUAGCUAUGGAGCCAAUGGUGGACACUGGAAUGUGGAUCAUGCGGUCCAGGCUCAUGCAGACUCCCUUAAUCAAGGACGUGAUCUUGGAGAUCAUACGGUCCACAAUUUACGAACAUUUCUGUGCUGGCGAGAAUCCCGUGGCCACCAGAAAGUCGGUGCUGGAGCUGAACGAGGCGGGGCUGAGAGGGAUGCUGGUUUACGCUCUGGAGCAUGCUGGCGACAACGAGGCAUGUGACCGGAACUUGCAAGGUUUCGUGGACACCGUUGAGUCCGCCAAAUCCCUGCCACCUUCUUCGGUGAGCUUUAUAAUUUUGAAAAUCACUGCAAUUUGUCCGAUGAAUCUACUUCAACGAGUGAGUGACUUGUUAAGAUGGCAACAACAAGAUCCUUCUUUUAAUCUCCCAUGGAAGCGCGAUUCAUUUCCCAUUUUCUCCGAAUCAAGCCCUCUCUACCACACCCUUAUAAAGCCGGAGCUUUUAACUCCUGAAGAAGAGCGUGAUCUCGAAUUAGUCCACCAGAGACUACUGAAAUUGUCCCAAAAGUGUGUAGAAGCCAAUGUCCCUUUAUCGAUUGAUGCAGAGUACAGCUCGAUUCAACCCGCCAUCGAUUACUUGACCUACUCCUCUGCAAUCAUAUAUAACAAAGAUGACAACCCGAUUGUUUACGGGACAAUCCAAGCUUACCUGAAAGAUGCAAGAGAAAGAUUGUUGCUGGCAACAAAGGCUGCAGAUAAGGUGGGUGUUCCCAUGGGGUUCAAAGUGGUGAGGGGAGCUUAUAUGUCGAGUGAAGGAAAAUUAGCUUCUUCCUUGGGCUAUAAGUCUCCUAUCCAUGAUUGCAUUGAGGACACACAUGCGUGCUACAAUGACUGUGCUUCGUUCAUGCUUGAGAGGAUUGCUAAUGGCUCUGACGCCGUUGUUCUUGCAACCCAUAAUGUUGAAUCAGGGAGACUAGCAAUGGCAAAAGCACACGAAAUUGGGGUCGGGAAGGUGCACCAGAAGCUUGAAUUUGCACAAUUGUACGGAAUGGCAGAAUCGCUUUCCUUUGGUCUGAAAAAUGCAGGGUUUCAAGUGAGCAAGUAUAUGCCAUUUGGACCGAUACAGUUGGUGCUGCCUUACCUUCUAAGGAGGGCUGAAGAGAACAGGGGACUCUUAUCUGCUUCAUCUCUGGACAGACAACUAACAAGGGAGGAGCUGAUGAGGAGACUCAAAACAGCAAUCUUCUAA